GUCAGCUCACUACGUCGGAGGCUGGGUGUCCCGUGCCAAGUUUCAGACUAGACGGAAUUGUUAGACAGAAAGCGUUAAGCGUCUGCAAGACUUCUGUUCAGUGGUGCAAAAGCACUCCAAGAAGCACUGCGAGUUCGCUUUAACCUCAUUGUCCAGUUAGGCUUUUCCUGGGGUUUUUUGCAACAGGGGUGCAGAUGGCAUUGGAGGAGGAAGAGGAGAAGUCUAAGCCCCCGCGGCGCACAUCGUCGAAGUAUGACUUUGUGAAAGUGAAGGUGUGGAUUGGGGAGAAUUCAGAUCAUUACUAUGUGCUUUCACGCUUCCUUGUGAGCAGAAUGUUGACAGUUACAAAGAUCUCCAACGUUGUGGCCAUCAAGAUUGCCUUGGAACUGAAGAAGCUCUUGGUGGAUAACAACCUCCUAGAUGUUUCGCAAGCGGACCUGGAGGCCAAUCUAUUCAAGCUCAUGCAGAAGCGUGGGUAUGGUGAGGAGUAUGUCAACCGCUACAAGAUGAUGACCAACUUCCAUCAUCAGCGAGUGCCUCUGCUCGUUCUCGUGGGAGGGACCGCCUGCGUUGGCAAGUCGACGAUUGCGACACAGCUCGCACAGAGACUGAACUUACCAAACGUAUUGCAGACUGACAUCAUCUACGAGCUCCUCCGAACGGAUCCACACAACGCAGCGCCUCUGAACGCCAUGCCGCUCUGGGCUCGCUCGGACCUCACGACCACCGAGGAUUUGAUGCAGGAGUUUCGGCGGGAGUGCAGAGUAAUCCGAAAGGGCGUGGACGGCGACCUGACGAAGACGAUGAGCGACGGCAAGCCGCUGAUCAUGGAGGGGCUGCACCUAGACCCGGGCAUCUACCUCACCGAGCUCCCUCAGGCGCAGAUCCGGAAACCUGCAAAGCACGAAAAGUUGCAUCCAAGCGAGAGCUUGAGAAUGGCAGAUAGAAGAAGAAGAAGACGCGAGGACAGCGGGGCUGGCGAAUUGCUUCAGCCUGGUGAGGAACGGGAGUCGUUGCGUCAGAACGGAGCGGGGCCGGAGUUGAAGCGCGGGAAGGAUCUGCUGACGUCACGGAAGGAUUUGCUGACGUCACGGUCUGCAAACGGGCGGACCGACGCCAGGCGGGGGGUCUCGGUGCACGGCGGCGCGCAUCUGGACAGGCUGGCCGUUGCGAACGACCGAAAGCAGCGGCGUUCAAAGAGCAGGCUGGGGGGGAAUACUUUAGCGGAGGCGAAGGAGUUCCUGCUCUCGCUUGCCGAGCGAAAUCCGCCGAGGGAAACGGAAAAGGUGACCGGAACGGGCGUGAAGCGGAGCGUGAGCAGCUGCCACGUUGCUGGGGAGUGGGAGGCCAGCCCCCGUGGGGGCCGUGGGCCGGCGAACGCCGUGACGUUGGAAGUACGUCAGCAGGCAAGGUCAGAUGUGAGGGCGGACCAGUCCGCGAGAGCUGAGGUUGACGAAGCAACCGGGUUGCUAAAUCAAUCCCUAAAAGAUAGUCCGCCCGAACUUUCACAACCGGAGCGUGGCACAGCUGGACCGUCCGAUCUUGGUGUAGCAGUGAACGAACGGUCCAGACCAGGAGUUGACGCGUCCGAACACCUCGGAACUGGGGGUAGUGCCUCUAGAAGGGCGAGGUCUCGGUCCAGAAGAACGUCGGACACAGCACGGGAAGCGUCCGAACGGUCCGAAAGCGGCAACGUUUUGAAUGGUCGGUCCGAAAGAGCGAGUCGGCGGUCCGAGAGGGCUUCGGACGCUGAAAGGAGAGCGUCCGAAACGGAACGGACGGAGCGGAACGGAACCGAGGCGCAGCACGAAGACCCGAUCGUGGUCCAGAUUGUGCUACGCAUGAGCGAGGACGACCACCGGACGCUCGUCGAGGAGUGGCUGGCGUCGCGUAGCGGGGAAGUCGCGGGUGAUGUCGCCUUGGACAAGGCAGCCGUGCUUCAGAAGCUGCGGACGAUUCAGGACUACCUGUGCUCUUUUGAGGACCACGGGGUCGCGGUCGUUGACGUCAGCACGACGUCAUUCGCGCAGACGCUGGACUGGCUCCACAGCUACCUGCUGGAGUGCAUAGAGGGUGGCUGGUCGGGGGCAGAAAGCUGACGGGAAACAGAUUCUGCGCGUUUCGUAGUGUAGGAAGACGGUUGCGCCUUGCUUACUGGAUCGAUGGGAUGGAUGCUCGCAACCGGAAGAUUAACGUACUUUUGUAUAGGUACCGGGCUGUUGAGAGAUCGAGCAAUAUGAGCUUCAGAAUACUUCAUCAGUCAUCGAGCGACCUCCUCAACGGUCGUAUAAGAAGCGGCUGCAUGGGUGUAGCGAUUUGGCUUCGAGUUAUGAGUACGCUGACAUGCAUCUGCUGAGAUCAUCGCUUUUUUAGUAUCCACUUGCCAGCGACUGCGUCAUGGACAGUUCCCGACCAAGGGCAUGCGACAUAUACUAUUGGACUGUGAUGCCAGGCCGCUCGUUCCUCCACAGAAGGUUCUGCAGAACUUGAUCUCGUCGCCAUUUGGCGGGAGGCACGUAUGCAAAGAGGAUAGAGGUAGAGGCUGCUACCUGUCAAAAGUUGUUUUUCAAAGCUUCAAUUGAGACGUUUAAAUACGAUCAAAAUUGGUAGACGUUAAAAACGACUAGCGCACAAGCAGCAGAAAUUGAACAGGUUAUGCCAGGUACUAGUUGCGAGAGAGGGCCGCAGCGGUAUAUUACCUAUUAGUACGCUACUUUUGCAACUCCAGUAUUGCAUAGCCCAAUUCAGUCGAUUAUGGUCACCUUGGCGUGGUGAGUCAGGCGAUCCGCUCGGCUGUACCAGGCACCUAGCAACUCCUUGAGGACUCCCUCAGCAAUGUAUGAAUCAACAAAGUAGCCAGGACACCCAAUGUCAGGCCAACGUUGAUGACGUACGGCGCCGCCGACCGUCUGAUUGUACGCACCACCUUUGAAAAAGAAACAACGUUUACAAGGCCCCGACUUGCAAUUAGAGAUCCACUUGCGAUUGUCAC